GCCAGUGUGCACUGUGCGUCCCGUGGCCUGACUGCAAACCAGGCCAGACUGCUGAGCUGUUUCUAUGGUGCUACAUCUGAGACUUAAGAGGCAUUGCACUCAGCCAAUCAGAUGGCUUGUGGUUUGAAGGGGCACAGUGUGGGCCGUCACAGCUGAGGGAAAGAGAGUUUUUGAAGUUUCUUUUGGUGCGCUCUGGAGUUUGUACCGGGGGGCACCACUUUUCUGGAGAGAACAGGAGAUAGAAAAGCGGAUCGGGCACACUCAUCAUUUGCAAUGGAAUGAGGACUUGGUCUAUCUGCUGCAAUCUUGUUUUUUGACAUCGUCUUUAAAGCUACCGAAUUCAGUCACUUCCACAAUAUUGCUAUAGACCACCUCCUUCAUGUUUUAUGAGUGGAAGGUGUACAAAUGAAGAGGAAGACUUCACCCUGAAAACAGGGCCAUAAAGAACUCAUAGUUUUUGGCAUAUUCUCGGGGCAGAACGUUUGCUAUUCUGACCAGCGUGGUGGAAACAAAUUGUAUUGCCAUGGCGGAUAAUUUUAUAGAGGAAUCCAAUAACUUCAAAGAUGAGCUGAAAUGGGGCUAUGAAGAAGGUGUUGAAUGGGGUCUGCUGUUUCCUGAAGCAAAUGGAGAGUACCAGUCUCCUAUAAACCUUAACUCCAGGGAGGCAUGCUAUGAUCCCCGGCUCCUGGAGGUGGGGCUUAACCCCAACUAUGUGGUUUGCAGGGACUGCGAGGUCAUCAAUGAUGGUCACACUGCAAGGAUCAUGCUUAAGUCCAAAUCAGUUGUAACCGGUGGCCCUCUCCCCAACAACCAUGAGUAUGAACUGAACGAGGUGCGCUUUCACUGGGGAAAAGAGAACCAGAGGGGAUCUGAACACACUGUUAACUUUAAGGCAUUUCCUAUGGAACUUCAUCUAAUCCACUGGAACUCAACAUUAUUUAACAGCGUGGAGGAGGCCAUGGGCAAGAAAAAUGGCAUUCUCAUCAUCGCUCUGUUUGUCCAGGUUGGGAAGGAGCAUCUUGGAUUGAAAGCCAUUACAGACGUCCUGCAGGACCUGCAGUAUAAAGGAAAGACAAAAAUUAUUCCAUGUUUUAACCCUAACACGUUACUACCUGACCCUCUUUUAAGAGAUUACUGGGUGUAUGAGGGCUCUUUGACCACACCACCCUGCAGUGAGAAUGUCACCUGGAUUCUCUACCGUUACCCACUAACUAUCUCUCAGAUGCAGAUUGAAGAGUUCCGUCGACUCCGGUCUCACAUUAAAGGAGCAGAGCUUCCUGAAGGAAAUGAUGGGAUGCUGGGAGACAACUUCAGACCAACUCAGCCUCUGAGCGACAGGGUGGUCAGGGCAGCCUUCCAGUAGAAGCUCCGCAGCAGGAUCCAUUUUAAUCUGCCAUGGAGACAAGAAAUGAUGAAGAAGCUGAAAUGAAGACCUACAUCAUUGUGGUAUAAAUGAAAGUGCAGCACUUCCUGUAGAGUUGCUUGGGCAUCAUUUUGUAGUUCAAUGUCCUGAAUACAGCACUGAUGGUUAGUGUUGCAGAAGCCAAACUGCUGUUUCUUUUCAUUUGAAUCAUAGUUUUAUUGAUUCAUUGUGAAGAAGGAAUGAAUGAGCAUGAUAGCUGGUGAUAAGCUUGUAUAAAGAAGAGAGGAGAAGCAUACUUAAGCUUGAUGAAUAUUGUAAGAUUACCGCAAGUUUAACAGCAAUUAAUUGUAGCAUUUGUGUAGUCCUAUAAUUUAAUCUGCCUUUAUACAAACAUGCUGCACAGAACAACGUACAUGACUGACACAUAAUGUAACAUCAUUUGAAGACUGCUUUUAUUAGACACUUGAUACAUUUUGGACACUAUAUUUUUUGAGUAUUAUCACAGCUGACAGUUAACCAUACAUUUCAAUGAAGGUAAAUUUCUAUAAUAAUAAAAUGUGAAUACCUUGAAUAAACUGACUAUAGCUCCAUAAUAUUAGAUUUUUCAAUUUUAACAGUGAAUGUGCAGAGUUUGAAGGACUGUAGGUAUGUUAGCUAUUGUUCACAAUGUUUGCUUAAGAGUUUUGUUGACAGUUUAGUCUGUAUGGAGACAUCUCCAGCUGCUCACAACAAGUUCACUGGUGGUUUUGGCUCAGCAGAGUGUAUUUAGAGCUGUAGUUUAAUAUUUAAUUUACCUUUUGUUAUGUCAUUUUAUCACUUGCAGAACUUCUAGUAAGGUCAUAUUUAUUACAGAGUCUCCCAAAUAAGUCAAAACAUGAUUCAUUGACAGACAUGUCUGUAUUCUUUACAUUUGUUUUGAAACUGACCACAAUCUGCUGUUCUCACAAAAACCAGAGUGCAAGGUAUUAUUUUUGCAUAUCUUGAAAACCGCCUUGUUGUUGUAAUGAUUGUUCUGAUAAGACAUAAUGUACUGGCAUUUAAGAUAGAGAUCACAAAAUAUAAAUGUUAAAAAGAG